AUGAAACGGAUGACUACUGGCCCGAAGAAAGUCUGCAGAUAUAAGAUCAGGAUAGGAAAGGAAAUGGAAGAACUCAACUCUCUAUCUUUUGAAAGACUACAGUGUGUUUCCGACUUCUGCAAUCUUGCUGUCCUAUUGGAGAAAAAUCUAGUUUCAGCAAGAUCAGCAAUGUCGAAAGCAAGGACAUUACGUGGUGUUGUGCUAUCUAAUGUUUUCAAUAUUGACAUACAGACUCUAGAAGCUACUACACGGAUUGAUUGCGAUGGUGACAGAUUUGUGCUUUUGGACCACUCACAAUCAAAGCAAAGUGGAGUUGAAAAGAAAGAAGAGAUUCGCCACCGCAAAGCAAGCAAAAGUACACAGCAAAGCGAGACAACGGAAUCUAAGGUUAAAACCGAUGGCUUUCAAGUCUUUCGACCUUUUGGAAUCCUAGAGCCUCUUCCCGCGAAAGAAGCGCGGAAAUAUGCACACGACGCAUUACAGGUUGUAUGCGAAUUAGCUUCAAUACAACGCAGGAUCAUGAAGAUUGAUGCAAGGAUUAUGGUCAUCAAGGAGCAGUUGAGACACCACGAUCAGAUUUGUAGAAGAAUACAAAGGAUUCUUGAAGUCCGACUUUGA